GUCACUUCUCUUUUCACGUCAUUCUUUGGAAACAGGAAGCCUUUUGUGAUUUUCUCGUCGGGCACAACGCCGAGCGUGCUAACUUGUGGCGCUUCUCGGGCUACGGCUGGCCGUCAGGCGGGCAUGUUAAGGAGCUGGCGACCCUCGGGCCACGCGACGUCUAACACUUGAGAUCUGCCCUACGAGGACAGCGGCCUGUAGGAAAAGGCGACUUCGGUGUGCUCUGGGCGAGCCGAGUUUUAUAAAUAGGGACGGUGCUGGCGUCCUGUUUGAAUCCGGAAGACUCGUAAACACGAAGCAGCCACAAUGGAUCUCCCCCAGCUAACCGAAGAUGAAAUGGCUGAUAUUAAAAAAGAAGCUGUGGAGCGGUUGAGGCCCUAUCUGUGUGACAAAAUCAUAGCCGAAAGGCAUUUUGAUUAUUUACGUGCCAAGAGGAUCCUAACUAGAGAAGACACAGAAGAAAUAAGCUGCAGAACAUCAAACAAAAAGAAAACUGGGAAAAUGCUAGAUUACCUGGCAGAGAAUCCAAGGGGUCUGGAUGUACUAAUUGAAUCCAUUCAACAUGGAAAGAUCCAGAGAUUCAUUAUUGAAAAGAUAACCGAUGAAGUGCAGAAAGUUCGCAAUGAAAGGCUGGAAGCACUAAAAGCUGGAGCGUCCUGUAGCAGCUAUACACCUCCUCGGUACACAGGUGCCAUCAAUGAUUUAUCCAAAACACUGUCUGAUGCGCCCUUCUUUGACACUGGCAUAGACUCUACAUCACUAUACCACCCAGAAGGAGAGAGGAGUCCAGGCACAUCCACGGUGGUUUGCUUGAUGAAUUUACCAUCUAACCCAGCACAGGAAAUGAAAAGCAGUACAUUAAGCAGCAACUGUCUUUCAUCUUCUACUGUCCUUCCAAAGCCCGGAGACCCUGGGGCUCCAUCACUUCCAGAUGAACUGCAGCCAGAACCAGAGGGAGCCUCUGGGAGCAGUACUAGCGAUGCCCAAUUUCAGCCACUCCGGUCACGAUCACUGUCACCUCCGUAAAGAAUUUGACCCACUGUGUCCUUUACGUGAAACUUGAUUCCAGGUUUUGUUACUAUUGUUAACCGAGUGGUGUUUGCUCAUUUUAAUAUACUUGUUUUAACAGACAUGGAGCUUCUGCAAUUUUAAUGAAAGAUGGGAUGUAAAGAAUGCAUUUAUUCACUCUCAAAAAGUAGAAUAAUUGCAUUUAUUCUUUGAAAGCCUAAACUAUACUUACAGUAUUUUACAUCCUAGUCCCCUGCUCACCUCCACUGUUGUAAGGUGUGAUUAUAUUUGGAGGUGCAACUUCGGCCUGUAGUUUAUUUUUCUCUCCUUUUCGAUGGUUUUAGGAUAACAUGAAAGAAGCUGGAGCUAUUUACAUAGGCACAUCUAGUGUCUAAUGAAAAUCGAAUUAUCAUUGCUACAGACUUUAAACAUUGAUACAUUACACUUUUAAAUAAUAAUGGAAACUUUAAGUGAGGGGUUUACACUGUGUGAUUUGUAGUAUUUUUAAUAAUGUAUUUUGUCAAACUAGCUAUUUUUGCUCUGACAGCAAUGUAAAUGGCUGCUAUCCCAAAUCGCAUAUCCUGGGACUUUCAGCCUCUUUUUCUCCCCCAAGUCAGUGCAGUUUGUUACCAAAGUUUCAGACCACUGAAGCUGACUGGUGUCACUGGAACAGCCUGGCAGGACCAAACUAAAAACCUGUGACACUCUGAGCUGCUUGGUGUACUUGGAAGGGUGUCUGUCCUGUAACAUACUAACAAUAGCACCAUCUGCUGUAAACCUUUUAAGAAACAGAAAUAUUUUAUUUGUUGCUAAAUGGUAUUAUAGACCUGGGGUAUGUCGAAAGAAUGGAGCGCGUCUUAUACUUUACCUACAGUUUUAAAUAUUUUUAGAGGUUUAAAAGAUUAGAAAUUCUAUCGAGUGCUCUCUUUAAGAAGACAGGACUCUUUAAUAAAAUAUGAGUUCCAGAGACACAUGACAAUUUCUAUUUUAUUAUUUUGAGACAAAAUAUUAAAGUGGUUUAUAGCAAAACUUAAAACCUGCAAUUUUCUUCUCAAAAAUACCUUAAAUUGAAGCCCAAUAACAGACCUAAUAAACGCCACUCCCAUAAUUUGAGAUUAAACAGUCCUAACUGAAUUUCUGUCCUGUUCACUUGACCGUUUCAUGAGAUCUCAUUAACACCGCUGUGGCAGCAGUAGGACGCUCUCCUGAUGUGAACACGGCGGGUUUCUCUUCUUUCACUGUGACAAGUGUUUGUUCCGCUUUACCCAUUUGCCUGAUGCGUGUCCAAAGUGCGGUUCACUCUCGGCAUCUGCACUGCAUUUGAAAUGGUUUUAUAAUCUAAAAACUUGGAGGUAAGCUGCUGUUGAAGGGAGGCAAAGCCUGACUAUCAAGAGGACUUAAACGUUCUGUCAUCCUACUGAGGGUAUCCGAAGAGACAAAAAGGACAAAUAAAUGUAAAAUGAUCUCGCAUGUAAAUAAAAGUGAGAGUAUUAUUUAAUAAAAGAUUAAGGCACUAACACUGUAAACAUCAGCAUAGGUUUUAAGAUUUACUUAUCACGAAUCACAGCCCAGAGCAUUUUUACAGAGAUGGUAAUACUCAUAGAUAGACGUUUACAGUGUUUCAGAAGAUUGCUAAGACUGAAACUUGGCCAGUUUCAAUGAAGCCAUUUUUGUCACAAAACCAAACUUCGGUUGGUUUCUAAUCUUGAAAUUUGAUCACAGAUAAUUAUUGCUAGAGAUAUAUAUAUAUAUAUAUAUAUAUAUAUAUAUAUAUAUAUAUAUAUAUAUAUAUAUAUAUAUAUAUAUAUACACACACACACAUUGAAAAUAGAUCUGUUGACAGUUGACACAGAAGCAAAUUCAAAUUGUAAUGAGUUUGAGUAUAACACACUGAGCAGUGAUUGUUUGAAACCAAAAUGCAUAAAAGCUUAAUUUCGUAAGCUCAGAUUCCUGAACACGCAUCAUCUAUUGUUGGUUUGGACCCACUGAUGCCAGACCAGCUUAGCAUCUUCUGUUAAGCAGCCGUGGUGUGACUGCGAAAACUCCUUAAAGUUAACAGCCCAAGCAGAAAUUGAGGUGGGCCCUGUUUUACAGAAUGCUAGCACUCCCACCUUGUCCUCUUUCGGAACUUAAACACAGGAGAACCAUAAAUUAAAACUGGCUUUUCAUUUGAAGGCUGACUGUAUGCUCUUUUAAUAAAUGGCACUGCACGAUAAUUGGACAAAUCAACAUGUCAGCGACGUUAACAAGCUCACUUCAUUUCUGACAGGAGCCAGGAGGUUUGCUAGUAAGUAUACAGUAAUUAGAUCAUCUACCAUAGAUUUUAAUCACACAUUUUACAUCAUGUUCAUUGUUUUCAGUGAUGCAGGUAAAUGGGAAUAUCAAGAAGCUGCAAUUUGCCACAAUACCUUAAGAAAACGGAUGACUUCUAUUAUCUGCCCCUUUUGUGCUACUAUAUUCUUUGUUUGUUUACAGAAUUAGACGGAUGUUUUACACGAUGUGUCUCUCUAUACAUUAUUGCCUUAGUUUUUGCUGUUGUACAUGCUUGCUUACAUUUGUGUUCAAAGAUAUUUUACAUUUUCUGAAAUUAAAAUAGUGUAGUAAAAAAAAUAAUGCAAAGAGCACCAUACAUUAAAGUGAAUUAUGUUGUUUUCCCAUUGUGUGCGUUUUAGAUAAUUAUGUUGUCUUAGAGUACAUUGUGCUCUGUAAAAUGAUUUAACUUUGUGCAUCACUUACGUACAAUAACUAAUAGUUUCCACAGUGUCGCACAGUCCGCAUAUUUUUAUUCCUGGAAGUUCGGUAACCUUCUCAGUGAAGGAUGCUUGCUGCUGUUAUACAGCUAUCAGCUUCACUUCCUUUUCAUAAAUGCAGAACUCGAUGGGUCUGUAUCAUACACUUAUUAGAAAAUGGAUUCUAGGUUGCUGAUAUUUUGUUGCCCUUCCUAUUGAUGUGUAAAGUCAUUUUACUAAAAAGGUUGACAGCUUAUGCCAAUAACACUUGUACAAUGGCCCUUCUGAUCUGCACGGUACUAAUUGUCUGUAUUACUUUCUGUGAGAUAGAGUAUAUUUUUAAACAAAAAAAAUCACUACUUUUUAUUGUAUGUUUGUGCCAUACAGCUAACAUAUACAGUGUAAAGAAAUGGCAUGUCUUACGUUAGCUGAAGCUCAGAAAAGCUAAAAAGGUGAAACUGCGAGAACUGAGAUUACUGAUGAAUGUAUUAUUAAAAUAUAUUAUUAAAUAGUUUGUAUUUCUUAAAUGAUGGUGGAAUGUCAUUUACCAAUUUUGAUAUUCUUCUACUAAAAUAAAACAUUUUUUCACCUAC